AUGACGGAAGAACAAUCUAUUGAGGCUGAAUUUUACAAGUUGGACGAGAAAAGUAAGAAUGAAUAUCGAGUUCGAUUAAAUGCUUCAAUCGAUGUGGUCCAAUUUCUUCUAAAUCAGGGUUUAGCACUCUACGGUCAUGAUGAAAGAGAUGUAUCACGCAAAAAGCAAAUAGUUAUUUGUUUACGAUAUGUUGAUAAAAGGGAAUUUGUGAUAAAAGCAUUUAUUGGACUUGUUCAUGUUAAAGAUACUAGUGUUUUAUCUCUAAAGAAAGCAAUUGUGGAUGUACUUGCUCACCAUUCUUUAACUUUAGCUUAUGUACGAAGGCAAUGUUAUGAUGGGACAAGCAAUAUGCAAGGAGAACUUGUAUUAUUGACUUCAAAUAUUUUGAAUGUGUUGGGGGCUUCCUUUAAACGUGUGGAUGAAUUUCGAGAAUCUCAAAAAGAAAAACUCCAAGAGGCAUUAGAUAUGGGUGAGCUAGAAAUGGGUAGAGGUUUGAAACAAGAACUUGGUUUUAUUAAAGCCAGUGACACUCGUUGGGGAUCUCACUACAAGUCAUUUGAAAACUUUAUUAGUAACUUUGUCUCCAUUGUUGAUGUACUUGAUUCUCUUGUUGAAAAUGCAAGUACUUCAGAAGAAAAAGUUAGUGCAUCGGGAUUUCUCAGAAGUUGUCAAAUUUUUGAGACUAUUUUCUUGUUGCAUUUGAUGACUGAUAUUUUAGGAAUCACAAAUGAUCUUAAUGUGUCAUUACAGAAAAAGGAACAGGAUAUUGCUAAUGCCAUGAUUCUUGUAAAAGUAGCAAAGAAAAGACUGCAAGCAUUACGAGAUAAUGAAAGGGAUCCUCUUUUAAAAAAGAAUGUUGGUUGGGAUUCGCUCAAAGAAAAGGUCCAGACAUUUUGUAUCAAGCAUAGUAUUCCAUUACCCAAUUAUGAUGAGCCAUAUUCUAACUCUAGGAGAUCACGACGUAAAGCAGUUGAUUAUACUACUUUGCACCAUUAUCGUGUGGAUGUGUUUUAUAAAAUUAUUGAUUGGCAGCUAGAAGAACUUAAUGAUCAUUUUAAUGAGGUGACAAGUGAUUUGUUUAAUGGUGUAGCUUGCUUGAAUCCAAUUGAUACAUUUUCUAGUUUUGACAUCAAAAAGAUAUUAGUGAUGGCUAAAUUAUAUCCUGAUGACUUUGAUGAGUUCAACAUGAGGGUUCUUGAGAAUCAACUUGUUAAUUAUAUUAUUGAUAUUCGUGAUAUUGAUCAAAGAUUCUUCAAUUCAGACGAACUUAGAGAACUUUCAAGAAAGUUGGUUGAGACAAAGAAGCAUUUAAGCUAUCCUAUUGUAUUUCUUUUAGUGAAGUUUGCUUUGUUUCUACCCAUUGCCACUGCAUCAAUUGGAGGAGCUUUUUCGGUAAUAAAGUAUAUCAAGAAUGAUUUACGGAAUCGAAUGGAUGAUGAAUUCUUAGAUGGUUGCAUAGUGUCUUAUGUAGAAAAAAAGAAUAUUUAA